AUGCAACGCAAAACGCUGUGGGGAUCGUAUAAGGCCUUACCUCCAAGGACGCGAGUGUGGAUCGGUAUUGGUGGUAUGGCAUUCGCGACAUGUGGAAUGUUGGUGUCCGAUUACAUUGAGCAGCAGUUCCCAGCCAGUGACAAGGAGAAGCAACAAGCCGAAGCCAUGUCACCUAUAGUUGUUGUUGAUCACAAGGAUAAAUAA